AUGUCGGUAACACUGCACACCACACACGGGGACCUCAAGAUCGAAGUGUUCUGUGAGAGCGUCCCCAAAACCGCUGAGAACUUCCUCGCCCUGUGCGCAUCAUCCUACUACGACGGCUCCCCCUUCCACCGCAUAAUCCCCUCCUUCAUGGUACAGACCGGGGCGCCCGCCCACCCCAACCCCCCCGACAACCCCAAGGGCGGACGCUCCAUCUACGGCCCGACGUUCGAGGACGAGAUCCGGCCGGGGUUGAAGCACCACGAGCGGGGGAUGGUGAGCAUGGCCAACAAGGGGCCCAACACCAACGGCAGCCAGUUCUUCAUCACGUUCUCGGCCGCACCGCACCUAGACGGGCUGAACACCGUGUUUGGGAAGCUGCUCGGGGACGAGAGCCUCGCGACGCUGGCCAAGAUCGAGGCGGUCGAGGUGGACAAGAAAAACCGGCCCAAGGAGGAGGUGUGCAUUGAGAGGGUUACCAUACAUGCGAAUCCGUUGGCCAAGUGA